GAAAUGCGUGUCUUGUGUGCUCUAAUUCUUAUCGCUCUUAUGGGCAUAGCCCUAAUAUCUACAAAGCCAUUAGAGGAAUCAAGCAAUCCGAAAGAUUCAAAACUAAAGAAAGCGGAAUUAGAUAAAAUGAUGGAGAGCUUGCAGUUGCUGGAGAAGUUGGCCAAUGACACAUAUUAUUCAGCAGAUCCCACCACAAAGGAGACAUAUUUAACCAAAGAUCCAACGGCGGAGGAAACAAAAGCACCAACUGGAGAGGAAACUAUGGAACCAACUGGAGAGGAAACUAUGGAACCAACUGGAGAGGAAACAAGAGCUGGAGAAGAUGGGGAGGAUGAAGAGGAGGAAGAUACAGCGACUCUGGAUAGACCAACUGAGGCACCAGUUAUGUACCUCAGAUACCCCGAACACGAAGAAGAUUUCAAGGCUUAUCCAAGGUUUGCAAUCCUCCGGAAUGGCUAUGUGCAUCACAUGAACUUGGACUUUUAG